ACGUCUAGUAAAUCUGAAGCAAAGAACAAGCGGCGAGGUGCACCGUGCACCUCCAGCUCUGACCUGCUCGGUCGCCCGUGUCUUCGUCUUCCUUAAUCUCGAAUUCCGAAUCCUCCUCCAACACCUCGUUUUCCUGGAUUAUCCAGCGAGGGACGCCGGUUUGUUGCUCGUCCUCCUCCCUGGUUGCCCGAGGCGGCGGUGGCGGGGCGACCAUGUACAGAUCGGCGGGGGUCGCGAUGGCGUGGAACGUGUUCCGGUUCUGCACGGCUCUGCGUGGGCUAGGUUCCAUCAUGAUCCUGCUCGUCCUCGCGAUCGUCGGCGUCACCUACUACGCUGUCGUCCUCUGCAACUACGGCCCCGCCCUGUUCACCGGCGGCGGCACCACUCUCGCCGCGCUCGCCGUCCUGCUCUCCUUCCACUUCCUGCUUGCUAUGCUUUUAUGGAGUUAUUUUUCUGUCGUGUUCACGGACCCUGGUUCUGUUCCACCAAAUUGGAAUCUUGAUUUUGAUGUGGAGAUGGGAGAAACUGCUCCUCUUGCUAGCUCAGAGCUCUGUAGCCAGAUGAACUCACAGCAAUCUGUGGCUCUUGGCAAUAUGACAAAUCCAAGGGUUAGGUACUGUAGGAAGUGCAACCAGUUGAAGCCACCUCGGUGCCACCAUUGCUCUGUUUGUGGAAGAUGUGUUCUUAAGAUGGAUCAUCAUUGUGUGUGGGUUGUUAAUUGUGUUGGGGCGCUGAACUACAAAUACUUUCUUCUCUUCCUGUUUUACACCUUCCUCGAGACAACUCUUGUCACUCUCUCUCUAUUGCCUCACUUCAUUGCCUUCUUCAGUGAUGCCGAGAUCCCAGGAAGUCCUGCAGCACUUGCAACCACAUUUCUCACCUUUGUGUUGAAUCUGGCCUUUUCUUUGAGCGUUCUUGGUUUUAUGAUUAUGCAUAUUUCACUUGUUUCUGCUAAUACAACAACAAUUGAGGCAUAUGAGAAGAAGACAACUCCACAUUGGAUAUAUGAUCUUGGCCGGAAGAGGAAUUUUGCUCAGGUUUUUGGAAAUGACAGAAAAUAUUGGUUCAUCCCUGCAUACUCAGAAGAGGAUUUGAGAAGAACUCCAGCUCUACAGGGUCUGGAUUAUCCUGUGAGACCAGAUUUUGAUGGUCAGGAACUGUAACACAGCAAUUUUUGCCAGUGUCCUCGUCAGAUACCUCAGUGUUGGACAUCUACUGAUACAACUGACAGCAUUGCUGAUUGCGCUAUGCAAGGCAUCAAAUGAAAUGUUCACAAGAUUUUAGUAACCAUGAGUAAUUCAUCUGUUGCACGUCAUGUAUGUGACGAAGUGAAAUUUCUCCUAGCUGGGCCAGAGGAAGUUUGUUGGGAUGUAAAUUAGUUUUAUCGACAACGUGGAUUGGUUUCAUUCCAUCCAAACUGGUAGUGUGCUUCAAAUAGUGCUGUACUUUAGUUUAGUUAUUAUUAUGUGAUAUAAAUAUCAUUUCUGAUAAUUGUGCCUCUGUUAUACACUAUCAAUAGUAAAUGGAUAAGCGCUGUGUAAUUCUUUC